AAUCAUAAGGGUAAAACCAUGAAAUAUCGAGUGCCACUAUUCUUCAGUUAUUUCUCAACUCUAAAAUUCCAGGAAGGAAAACAUUCGCAGAAAAUCAGCCAAAUUACCAUAAACGAAUCGCGCGCUCUACGGCAGCUGUUUUUAAGGUUCUUCGGCGCUGGCAUUUCUCGUAUCCCCUUCACAACCAAUCCCGAAACUCGAGAACUAAUUCAUACUUACGCUGUAAUACCACCUCUUAUCAUUAUGUGCCAGAAUUAUUAUGUUUACUUUCUCAUGAGCUCGGAAUAUCGUCAUGUGUUCAAAACGAUGUUAGGCAUGAAAAAUACCCAACAAAGAUCCUCUACAAGAAAGGGUCAUUCUACGUGA